ACUAAUCAUGUCACUGAUCGAUCGAUGGCUACCUCAUUUGCUAAACUCGUUGCCUCUAAUCCUCUCAAGCCCAGAUCUAUCGCCUUGUUCCGUCCUGUAGCAAGAAUACCUUCUCGUUUCUGCAGCACUAAAACGAAUAUCGAUCAAGUGAAUAACAAUCUAACGCUAGAAGGCAGAUGGCAAGAGGAUACUUUCCAUUGUAUCCAAGAUAUAUACAAGAGGCCUUUUUGUUCUCGACUCUCAGCAACUAGGAAUUUGGCGCGUUUGCUAAACCAGCUGGAUGCGGAAAUCCAUGCUUAUCCAGCCUGUGAAUGUCUUAGGUGGGAUGUGAUGGAGGAUGCUAAAGCCCUCUACCUAAUCCGCGAUAUGUCUGAUACUACCGGUACAAUAGAGCCGGGGGAAUAUACUAAUUUUAAUUAUGACGCUGGGCGAUCAGACGUCUUUGGUUGCGUGCGUGUGUAUGAUUGGACAUAUUUGAUUCGUAUCGUUGUAGGACAAAAAGGCCCAACUCCUGGGAUCACUUAUGGAGGGUUCUUGAUCUGCAUUGAGUUACCGGAAAAUGUUUUUGUGCACCAAUAUAAAGUUAGAACUAUGAAUGUGAUGAAUGGGGUAUUGAAGAUAACUAUCCCUAAACAAGAAGAUAAGUGGAUCCACACAAUCAAAACAAAAAUAGAUAUAUUUCGUCCGUUAUAGAUGGUGUCUGAAGUAUCAUUGACAUGACCUGGAGCACGUGAGGUGUUAAUGGAGAUGAGAUAAUGUUCGUAAAUUACAGUAUCAAACAUAAAUCUAUCCACAUAUAAAUAAUCUUAGUGAAGUUAUUGAACCAUAUUGAUCAACCAUUUGUUUUUGAACAGGGACAAUUUAUGCCUAUUACAUAAUAAUAGUAAG